CAUAGUUUUUUGUAAACUAAAAUGCUCGAAAGUCAUCAUGCCAUCGAAUUCAGUUAAUAAUGUCACAACCAAAUCACCCGCAACUCCUACCCCUCCAAAACCCGAACCUGACCUCAUUGGCAGUAUUCUUGGUGACUUUGGAAUUUGGCAGCUUCGAACCGUGCUCAUAAUCUUUCUGUGUAAGAUUCCUGCGUCAUGGUUUAUGGCAUGCAUUAUUUUCACUGCCCCCGAACUAUACCCCAUCGAGGAAUUCCAAUGUGAUACAUCUGGAAUAUCUAGCAAUGUAACAGUUUCCGAAGAUCAAUGCUAUAUAAACUCAAUCGAUGGCCAAGUAGAAGAGUGUAACAGCUUCAAGUACACAUAUGACUUUAAUUCGUUGGUAAUGCAAUUUAAUUUGGUCUGCUUGCGAGAUAUUUUUGUUGCGUGGACACAAUUCUGGCAUCUGUUUGGAAUACUUGUGGGAGGUGUAAUUGCCACGAAAAUGAUGCUUUGGAUAAGUCCAAGGACAACUAUGUUCAUUGGAAUGGUAUUGCAAAUCAUUUGUGGUUGUGUAACAGGAUUCGCCAGGGAUUUCACAUUGCACUGUGCAUUUCGAUGUCUUUCGGCUGCAUGCUGUGCACUCAUGUUCACUGGAGGUCAUACAAUUUUUGCCGAUAUAACAGCUGGAAAAUAUCGACUUGGUGUGAUAAUACUGUAUGAUACAUUCUGGUCGAUUGGACUGUUCCUUUUGCCCGGCCUUGCAUCAUUCUUUCAAAACUGGACGCAAAUUUACUUAGGUAUCACUUUUCCGACACUCGUCCUUAUAUUGCUGCUCAAUUGGACACCAGACUCCCCGCGCUGGUUAUUGCGAAAGGCCAAGGACAUUACACAAGUGGAGAAAAUAGUUCGUGAUGCGGCAAAAAUCAAUGAUCGAAUGUACAAAAUACCAGUUGAUUUUGCCCAACAGUUGCGCACCCAAGCUGAGUCGUUUAAGAACAAUCCGCCUAAGGAAGCCAGUUGGGCGGAAUUGUGGACGGGGCCGAGAGCAAAAACUCAUUUAGUUGCUGCUCACAUUGCGUUGGCUGUGUUUAUUAUUAAUUUUAUGGGAAUGCUGCUGAAUAUCAGGUCCUUUGGACGAGAUUACUUGAUUCUGAACACAAUAAUUAUGGGUUUCAGUGAAAUUGUGGGUUGUUUCUUGGCUUUGCAUUUAACACUUAAGUAUAAUAACUGGAAAUGGCAGUUGGCGGGUGGAUUCAAUAUCGUUGCUGGACUAAUUGGUUUCCUAGGAUGGACAUUUUAUGAAACUUCGAUUGAUGAUGACUUAAAAGCAACCCUUUGGAUUAUAAUAGCAGCUAUACCAAAGGCUGGAGUCUCCCUCGCUCAAUCGAUGAUAAUUGCGUGUUUGCCAGAAUUAGUACCACAGCACAAGAAGGCACCAUUCAUGUUCUCAGUUGUGACGUGGGCCAGGAUCUGGCUACUGACAGCGCCAUUUGUUAACGUUUUCAAGAAAAUUGCCGUUCCAUUGUCGCUUAGUGCAUUUUGCUUUUUAAGUAUUGUCGGUGGUAUUUGUUUAUGUUUCUUACUUACACCAAGGCCAUCAUCGGUGCCUACAACGAAAUAUAUAAUAGAAAAUGGAAAUGCGGAAGUAGAACAUGAACCAUCGACAAAAGACGUCAACAAAGCCAUUUGGACUGUCGAAGUUUAUGAUAAUCCUAUAAGCUCAGAGAGUUGAAAAAAAAAAACCAAAUGUGUUGAGAAACAAAUAAUUUUUGUACUUAAAUUGGGGCCUUUAAAUGGCUGUGCUUUGUACCUUUUUUUAUAAUAUGUAUAAAUGUUUAUAUUUGGACGUACAUAACAUAUAUCUACAAAUUAAGGAAGUAAAUAAUAAUUUUUAAUUAUAUUUAAGCAAAAAUGUAUUCUUUUAAUAAAAAAUCAUUCAAACAAUAUUUUUAAUUCAUAUUUGUUAUCUAAAAAGUGGUAGGUG